GGGGACUCUCCAUUCAUUUCUAUGGGAAAAACAAUAAUCCCAACUAUCAUGAGUCACCGGGGCACGGACCAAGAACGAAGGAACAGGACUUCAGGAAUCAGGCGAAUACGGGGGUUUUAAUUAAGGGAAAACAAGCCGGACCACAAAAUCACCGCAGAACGUCACAACAUUAAUGACUGGACUGGGGAAACAUACUCUAAUGUGGACUUAAAUACACAACAGGUAUUAACAAGAUUAGAAACAGCAGAAGACAUUGGAAUUCCACACAAGGUAGCGAGGGGGACGUGGUAAACAGGAGGAUCGGCACGAGCAAGGCAUGACACCAACAUGAUAACUUUAACCCCUACCCAGCACUGACUGACCGCCUGAUGGACGGACAGACACUACCAAAAGGAACACAGGCAGGAACUUCAAUACACAAACUAAACCUUAUAACAAAGGAGCAGGAGUGACACCCGAAACAAUUAACCAAUCACAGAGGGUGCAGGACAAUGAGAGGAUAGCACAAUUAACAAUCAUGAGGCACGGGGAAACAGGCAGCAGGUGGGACUAAUAACGGAGUUCAUCACAGAACUAAGAGGCUUAACAGGCAAACUAGCCCAUUGUCUUUGUUUAUGGCUGAAGAGAAAGCACGGUGCCAGUGAAAAGUGAAGGUGCUGUACUCAGCUGUGAAAUGUAUGUUCUUGCUUUCAAGGGCGAUGCCUUUGUGGCUUUGAGAAUCUUGUUGUGGUCCAUGAAGUAGUUUGGCGAUCACGGUAUUGGGAAGGUUAGGUUCAUUGGGAGGUCUAGUGCGAUGUGCUCACAUAGUCUCAAUCUUUUCUCCUGCCAGGAAGCUGCACCAUUUUGGUACUGAGGAGGAGAGGCUUCUCAGUCCCAUGAACAACUUUUUACAGCAACUUUUUCUUCAAGCAGCACUAAACAAAGCACAAACAGGACAGAAGACAGUGAUGCUGUUGUCAGAACUCAUUGAUUUUCAUACCAUUUUUGAGGCAAACGUUUACAAUGGAACAUCCUCACAGAGAAAGACUGAAUUUCGGCUGGAUCUGUUUUCCCAUAUUAAAGACUUUGAAACAAAAAAAAACAAAAGUCUUCAGUCAAUAUUACAUCCAGUUUAUCAAUCAACUCCUGCAGUCUGGGAUAUAGACCUCUCUAAGAGGAAGGCGUCCAUCCUCCAUGAAGUGCUGAAAUUCCAGAUAGAGAAAAAAACUGUAAAUAUUUUAAGCUGGUCAGAUGAAGAGAAUGAGCUAAAGAGUUUUCUCCUGUGUCUGCCCUAUAUUUCACAUCUAAGAUUGUCUGAUAGGCAUUUUUACACAGAAGAAGCCAUCAGAUUCAUUGCCAAUCUCUUCAUUCAAGCAGCAGAGUGUGACAGAGAGACAGGAGAGAGGAAACUGCAGCUCCUCUCAUCAGUCUGCAGUUAUUCUUCUUUCCCUUUUGCUGGUGACACAAACACUGAUGGUGAUUUAAAAAAACAGAGUGACUUUCUGCUGGAUCUGUACUCAUUUUUGAAAGACUGUGAGAAUCCAUCACGUAGGAAUGUUCUGCUGGCAUUGCAGCCAGUUUUUCAAUCGGUUCCUGCAGUUUGGGUUAUAAACCUCUCUAACAGGAAGGCGUCCAUCCUCUUUAAAGUGCUGAAACUACAGACAAUGAAGAAACCAGUAAAGCUUGUUAGCUGGUCAGAUGAAGAGAAUGAGCUAAAGAGUUUUCUCCAGUGUCUGCCCUAUAUUUCCCAGCUGAGAUACUGUUUUGCAUGGUAUUUUUACACAGAAGAAGCCAUCAGAUUCAUUGCCAAUCUCUUCCUUCAAGCAGCAGAGUGUGACAGAGAGACAGGAGGGAAGAAACUGCAGCUCCUCUCAUCAGUCUGCAGUUAUUCCUCUUUCCCUUUUGCUGGUGACACAAACACUGAUGGUGAUUUAAAAAAACAGAGUGACUUUCUGCUAGAUCUGUAUUCAUUUUUGAAAGACUCUGAGAAUCCAUCACGUAGGAAUGUUCUGCUGGAAUUGCAGCCAGUUUUUCAAUCAGUUCCUGCAGUCUGGGUUAUAAACCUCUCUAACAGGAAGGUGUCCAUCCUCUUUAAAGUGCUGAAACUACAGACAAUGAAGAAACCAGUAAAGCUUGUUAGCUGGUCAGAUGAAGAGAAUGCGAUAAAGAGUUUUUUCCAGUGUCUGCCCUAUAUUUCCCAGCUGGGAUUGUCUGAUAGGCAUUUUUACACAGAAGAAGCCAUCAGAUUCAUUGCCAAUCUUUUCCUUCAAGCAGCAGAGUGUGACAGAGAGACAGGAGAGAGGAAACUGCAGCUCCUCUCAUCAGUCUGCAGUUAUUCCUCUUUCCCUUUUGCUGGUGACACAAACACUGAUGAUGAUUUAAAAAAACAGAGUGACUUUCUGCUGGAUCUGUACUCAUUUUUGAAAGAAUGUCAGAAUCCAUCACGUAGGAAUGUUCUGCUGGCAUUGCGGCCAGUUUUUCAAUCAGCUCCUGCAGUCUGGGUUAUAAACCUCUCUAACAGGAAGGCGUCCAUCCUCUUUAAAGAGCUAGAACUACAGACAAUGAAGAAACCAGUAAAGCUUUUUGGCUGGUCAGAUGAAGAGAAUGAGCUAAAGAGUUUUCUCCAGUGUCUGUCCUAUAUUUCCCAGCUGGGAUUGUGUGAUGGGCAUUUUUACUUGGAAGAAGCCAUCAAAUACUUCCCCUUAAGGGGUAACAGAUUGUCUGAAUGCCCUUUCACCUCAAAGGAAGCUACCAGAUUCAUUGCCAAUCUCUUCAUUCAAGCAGCAAAGUGUGACAGAGAGACAGGAGAGAAGAAACUGCAGCUCCUCUCAUCAGUCUGCAGUUAUUCCUCUUUCCCUUUUUCUAGUGACAGAAACACUGAUAGUGAUUUAGAAAAACAGAGUGACUUUCUGCUGGAUCUGUACUCAUUUUUGAAAGACAGUGAGAAUCCAUCACGUAGCAAUGUUCUGCUGGCAUUGCAGCCAGUUUAUCAAUCAGCUCCUGCAGUUUGGGUUAUAGACCUCUCUAACAGGAAGGCGUCCACCCUCCUUGAAGUGCUGGAAUUCCAGACAGUGAAGAAACCAGUAAAGCUUUUUAGCUGGUCAGAUGAAGAGAAUGAGCUAAAGAGUUUUCUCCAGUGUCUGCCCUAUAUUUCCCAGCUGGGAUUGUCUGGUUGGCAAUUUUACUCAGAAGAAGCUAUCAGAUUCAUUGCCAAUCUCUUCAUUCAAGCAGCAGUAUGUGACAGAGAGACAGGAGAGAAGAAUCUGCAGCUCCUCUCAUCAGUCUGCAGUUAUUCAUCUUUCCCUUUUUUUGGUGACACAAACAGUGAUGAUGAUGAUGAUGAUGAUGAUGAUGAUGAUGAUGAUGAUUUAGAACGCCAGAGCAACUUUCUGCUAGAUCUGUACUCACUUUUGAAAGACUGUGAGAAUCCAUCAUAUAAGCAUGUUCUGCUGGCAUUGCAGUCAAUUUAUCAAUCAGCUCCUGCAGUUUGGGUUGUAGACCUCUCUGAGACAAAGGUGUCCACCCUUUAUGAAGUGCUGGAAUUCCAGACAGUGAAGAAACCAGCAAAGCUUGUUGGCUGGCCAAAUGAAGAGAAUGAACAAAGGAGUUUUCUGCAGUGUCUGCACUAUGUUUCAGAACUAGACAUCAGCAAACAGCUUCUGCAGCAGCUCCUCUGUCUGAUCUCAGUGGGGGAUGAAGUCCAGGCUGCCUCCCUCUCCAGGGUCCUGGGCAGGGAAGUGAAUCUCAGCCACAUCCUGAUUGACCCCCAAACUUGCAUGUCACUGGCCGCGGUGCUGGAGCAGGCAGAGGGGCUGUCAAAGCUGGAUCUCAGUCACUGUCAGCUGAAUGACCACAGGGUGGAGCUGCUGCUCCCACAUCUGCACAAAGCGCGAGUCCUGAACCUCAGUAACAAUGACAUAUCUGACCUUGGAGCUCUGAGAAUCCACAGUGCCGUUUCCACAAGCAGCUAUAUCCAAACAGUGAGGCUGUUUAACAACAGAAUAACGGACACGGCAACCUUCCUGACAGACCCACGCUAUGAUUUAUGGGACCAGUCAAAGGGCCAAAUUACAGUGGAACUCAAACCAGAUUUAAAUUCUCAUAAUGGUGAAUUUUGCUACAGCCUCAGCUGUGAAUCAGGAGGGCACUUUCAGUGCAGUGCGACAGGGCUGGUGUUUCUUAUGAAGCGAGCAGGCAAGGUGGAGUACAGCCCCACUUACUGGGAUGAGGCUACUUUGAAAACUGCUGGUUAUGAACCUGCAGGGCCCCUGUUCAACAUCGAGAAUCCUGAGAAAGGGCUUUGUUCACUGCAGCUUCCGCACUGUGAGGCCGAUGUAGAAGGACGAGAGCACCUGUCUGUGGCCCAUUUCUGUGAUGGAAAUAUGGAGGUGCUGAAGCCCUUGGCAGUAACAGACACUCAUGUGAAGAUACAUGUCCAGGAUCUCUCUCUGUUUGGCAUCGUUAGAAGUAUAUUAUCAUUAAUUACGUCUAGCGUCCGUGGGCAAGUGUUACUUUUCCAGCCACGCAGAAGCACUACUCAGAAACAGAUAUAUGUGUUCCUGUUACCCUCCAAUGUGCCGCUUAGCCAGGUAAGCGAGCAGCACAAAGAGUGCAUGUACAUAAAAACCAGCUCAGAUUGCACCUUGACUCCAAACCAAAAAUACAGUGUUACCUCAGAACUUGAAGUACAUCAUGAAAUCCAGCCUAAGUCACAAGUGUUUUUCUGGAACUUUGGCCCAAAUUUCCACCCAACAUUUGAGAUUUUCUUCAGCAAUGACAUCACAGCCUUGCAUCUGGCAGUUUUGGAGAAUGGAGAAUGUGAAGUAUGGGCUCGCAAAGUACAUUUAUCAUCAGAAGCAGCUCCAGAUGCAGCAGAAAAUUGCCACAUCUCACAGAUAGAUUGGAAAGAUUAUCUAUUAGAUGUAUUGGAGGAGCUGACAGAUGAAGAGAUGAAGAAUCUGAAGAUGCGCAUGCCGGCCCCUGCAGGCCAUAAGGGCAUCCCUAAAAGCAGGCUGCAUGGAGCUGACCGCCCAGACCUGAGGAACUUCAUGGUAGAGAGGUGGGGAGUGGAGGGCUCUAUCACGGCCACCAAGGAGGGGUUGAGUAAAAUCCAACGUAACGAUUUGAUCGAGAAGCUAAAUGACUUCCUGCAGAAACUCUCCAAUUGAAAAAAUCCUCCGCAUGAAGCCUCUGUGCUCUUGACACAGAGGUCAGGAAAAGCCUUUUAAUGUCAUAACUAAUUAGAAAGAUUAAUACAGCUGCAAAGGAAGAUGAAGUGUACAGAUACUAACAAACAGUGCAAAUGCAAAAUAAAGUGAAAAAGACACACAAUGCAAACAAUAUCGUGCAAGGUUGUGAGGGUGGGCUUUUGCAGAAAUUUUCACAUUUGUGUAACAUGCAUCCAGGAAAAUGCUUAUGGCAUUACAAACUUCUAUGAAUAAGUUUAAUAGCUAGUUUUUUUCAGUUUUAACUUUCUCUUCCCCUCUUAGGUUCUUCUACACUCUAGUGGGUUGCCCUAUAAUCUUUAUAUAUUGACUGUUUUGACUUAACAUAAAAAAAAUCACUAAUGCUAUACUGUAUGACACAUAACAAGAACAGUACAGCAUCAUUAUGGGGGAAACUUUAGAGCUCCCAAGGGCUUGUGUAAGCACCAGAAUCACAUCUUCCAUAUGCCCAAAGCUCCCUCUACAGCAGUGUAUGUUCUUUGGUGUGUGGUGUUAUUCAUCUCCUUAGCCACAGUUUGGGGAUUCAAUACUGUAAUCAGCAGCUAUUAGCUAAGAGGAUGCCUGUUGUCUCCCAAAAAUCAGCCACCAGCAAACACACCAUCCUUUGCUAUCUGACACACUCCAAAGCUGGACCAGAUAUAAGCAUCAUGUGUAGUCCUAGGCCACUUGGCGACAAUGUCUGUAACAUGUAUUUGAUGGUUGCAUAUGACCUGGACAUUUAGGCCUAGUGCCAAUAACCCUUUUCGACUGGUGGAAGUGGGAUUCAAAGGGCUGCAAAUAUGAAUAGAGUUGAGAGUACCAUCCACUGCACCUACAAUGCCAGGCAUGCCUGCAAUGGCAUGAAAACAACUUUUAGUGUCAUGUAAGGCAUCCCACCCUGAUGGACAUUGUAUGUAGUUGUGCGUACAGUGCAACAGAAAUGUGAUCAAUGCAUGCACAGAUGCAGGACACAGGAGCCUUGCUGAGGCCAUGCAGAUAUGUAGGUCUGCAGAAAUCCACCAUUGAAAGCUGUCAGAAGCUACACGGUGGGCAAAAUUCUGGUGUUCCUCUUUUCAAUUUAUCCUGCACCAGACCAAGGAAGCUCAUUAUUUUCACCACAGGCCAGCCUGUAUUUCUCUAUGAAUUGUUCAUUACUGAGAUGGUCCAAGGGGUUCAUACCCACCCGCAAAAGCAAUUUGGCUUCCUAGAUGGCACUCUCUCAAUCGCUGUCUUCUAUUGACUUGCACAAUUCUCUGCAUUGCUGGUCAUGAGGGGUGGCAAGAAGGUCCUGGGUUCAAUCCCUGGGUCGCUUAGGGUGCCUUUCUGUGUGGAGUUGGCAUGUUCUCCCCGUGCAUGCGUGGGUUUCCUCCGGGUGCUCCGGUUUCCUCCCACAGUCCAAAGACAUGCAGAUUAGGUCGAUUGGCUACUCUACAUUGCCCGUAGGUAUGAAUGCGAGUGUGUGUUGUCUGUGUUGGCCCUGUGGUGGACUGGCGGCCUGCCCAGGGUGUACCCUGCCUCUCGCCCGAUGAUGCUGGGAUUGGUUCCAGCUUCCCCGCGACCCAGAUGGAUACAGCGGUAUAGAUAACGGAUGGAUGGAUGGAUUUUGAAUUGACUUGGCUACACCCUGUAAGAUGUUGAAUUGGACUUUAAGAAGAAUUUAAUUAAUUUCAUUUCAAUGUAAUCAUGCAACACAUGAACGCCAUUUAAUCUAAACAUGAAUAAUUACAUAGCAGUUUACUUCCAAGAUGGUAGAUGUAUAUAUUGACCAUAUAUAUGUACUAGUGAGUAACUUUAUAGUUGCAUGACUGUAAGAUAAAAAUUGUGUAAUUGUUUAAGCCUUCUCCAACAAUAUGCAUUUGGGUUAUGUCAGCCCUCCUUUUCCAUGGGCAUAUAUUUAUUAAUUUUGCAUAUUUAACUGCUUAUGUGUGUUACCAUUUGUGAGGAGUCUGCAAUUGCGUUUCCUGUCAGUGUCCAUGGGUUGUCAGAUGGAUAGGGCUGUGAUAGGGUUACUUGUAUGACUGUAUGAAGCACACUUUCACCAUGGUACACAAAAUCCAUUUAUUCUAUAGGUGACACUUCAAAUGUGACAUUCAUUAUGAAUAACUGCACAGACUUUUCAGGCAGGUGUUCAAACAGGGGGCACGGCCAACGGGUGCAUUUCGUGAAUGUGUGGGGGGUAGGGGCGGGACUUAGUGUAUGCCGUUUAUGUUAACAUUCUGUGUAAUUCAUAUUGAAAUAUUAAACUGUAUUUUUAAAGCUGCACUUACACUUUGCAUAUGAAUUUAUGUGACAUCAAUCCCAUUUUGAUUCAACUUCCCUAUAUUCAAAGUCGAAUUGCGAUUCUGCACCGUGUUUUCAACCGAUUUAUGAAUUGAAUUUGAUUUUCCAGGUCAUUCUCAAGUCAAUUCUGAAUGGUGCACAACCAUGUUAUGUAGGCUAUUUGAAUUAUAUACAGGUGUUACAACAACGAGCCCCAUUUCGUUAAUUUAUAGUCAACAUUAGUUUUAUAUUGCGAUAUUGACCUCUUGCAUUAUUAUGUUGUCCAAGAGAGAGAGUCAAUGUGUUUUUGUCAUCUAUUCUGGCCAAUCUCUGUGUCUCUGUGACAGGACAGCAAGCAAAAGUUCAAAUAAAGAAUGACGUAGAAAAUAACGAGUGGGUCGGAGCACUCAUAAAUCUAUGAACGAGAUAAUGAACUACUUAGUUACGAAGGGUUUCUGGAAACACAUGCUCAUUGACAAAAGUACGAGAUAACGAAUUACUUAGCAUUACGAACCUUUCUAGAAAACCACCCCAGUUAAGUAAUACAUAACUAAUCAUGGAACCACCAUCGUGUAACCACCAUUAACCUAAGUAAAUAAAAAGGGCAGCAUCCUGGGUUCUCAUCCUAACCACAAGAUGUGCGUAUCUCUGUAAAGGUAUUGCUGUAUUCCAGUCUGGUCUUGGUCUCGAGACCACUUUUUCAUUUGCUCGGUCUCAGCCUCAGACUGGAAUCUAUGAUUCGGACUCAUAAUUUUAGAGCAAGAAGCAAGGCCAAAUUUUUUUCAACCGAUGUUAAACUUUCUCAUUUCUCC